AAAAAGUGCGUGUUUAAAAAGGCAAAAUAAAAAAAUAUUAAAAAAAAAAAAAAAGGAGAGAGAAUGACCCUGGAAUCCAUAAUGGCGUGUUGCCUCAGCGAGGAGGCGAAAGAAGCCCGGCGGAUCAACGACGAGAUCGAAAGGCAGCUCCGCCGGGAUAAGAGGGACGCACGCCGGGAGCUGAAACUGUUGCUUCUCGGCACUGGGGAGAGUGGGAAGAGCACAUUCAUCAAACAGAUGAGGAUUAUCCACGGCACCGGUUACUCCGACGAGGACAAAAGAGGUUUCACCAAACUGGUCUAUCAGAACAUCUUCACAGCCAUGCAGGCCAUGAUCAGAGCCAUGGAGACUCUCAAGAUCCCCUACAAAUAUGAGCACAACAAGGGUAACGCCAACAUUGUGAGAGAGGUGGACGUAGAAAAGGUCACCAUGUUCGAGAAUCCUUAUGUAGAUGCAAUCAAGAGCUUAUGGAACGACCCGGGCAUCCAGGAGUGUUAUGAUCGAAGGAGGGAAUACCAACUCUCUGACUCUACUAAAUAUUACCUGAAUGCGUUGGACAGGAUCGCUGAAACAUCCUACCUUCCCACCCAACAGGAUGUGUUGAGGGUUCGAGUCCCAACCACGGGCAUCAUUGAAUACCCGUUUGACCUGCAGAGUGUCAUAUUCAGGAUGGUGGAUGUUGGGGGUCAGAGGUCAGAGAGGAGGAAGUGGAUCCACUGCUUUGAGAACGUCACAUCCAUCAUGUUCCUGGUAGCGCUCAGCGAAUAUGACCAAGUUUUGGUGGAAUCGGACAAUGAGAACCGGAUGGAGGAGAGUAAAGCCCUGUUUAGGACAAUAAUCACAUACCCCUGGUUCCAAAACUCUUCAGUCAUUCUGUUCCUCAACAAGAAGGACCUGUUGGAGGAGAAGAUCAUGUACUCUCAUCUGGUUGACUACUUCCCAGAGUAUGAUGGUCCGCAGAGGGAUGCCCAAGCAGGGCGAGAGUUCAUCCUCAAGAUGUUUGUGGACCUGAAUCCAGACAGCGACAAGAUCAUCUACUCUCACUUCACCUGUGCCACUGACACAGAGAACAUCCGUUUCGUCUUUGCGGCCGUGAAAGACACCAUCCUGCAGCUCAACCUAAAGGAGUACAACCUGGUGUAGAGCGGAGCGGGGGGGCCAGAUGCGCCAACAGGAGGCCCUCAACACACUGACUGACGCAAUCUGUGAAACGAUAGAUCAUUAUACACACACAUGAAAAAGAUCUGAGAAAAAAAUGGUUGCAUAAUACUAAUUUAUUUGCCAUUUGUUGAUCUCUUGGUCCCCAGGGGGUGAGCAAAGUAAAUGUUAUCUUGCUAUUUAAGGAGUUGAUAAAUUGUAGGGAGGGAGGGGGGGUACUCGCAAGAGUCCGGGGGGUUUUCUGUUGAACAUGUGCAGCAACAAUCCUCAUUUUUAGGCUUGGCGCAUUGUGAAGUUUUGGUUUUUUUGCUUUGUUUUUUUGACAGAAAGAAAGAAACUUCUUUGUGCACUCAAGGUUUUGGGGGCUCGUCUUGUCUGUCAGUGUGAUACAUCAGAGCUGGAACGAUGGCAACGUGCUCCCUCCCUCCUGCCUUUUUAUAAACGAGAAGAGAAAAAAAAGGUUUUAAUACCUUUUUUUUUACCCUCCCUCCUUACCUGUUGGUUCGGUUGGUCCUGGGCGUUUUACCUGUUUGCCCAACAGAUCUCUAAUUGACAGCUUCCUUCUUCCUUCAAAGGACUGAUUGGCAAGUUUCUUGAUAAAUAAGGCAUUAACUGUAAAGUAUUUCACAUUGAUUUGAUAUCGAUUGACCUGAAUCUUUAUCAUUAUUACAUUGCAUUGACUUUGGCACCAUCCGGUGAGUAGAACAUGUGUGACCCUGGAAGCACAUGGCAGCGGCGAGGUAGAAUGGCCAAAUUUUGGGGGGGAAAAAGCCCGUUGUUGUGUGUCGUCAGCUCUCCAGCAUCAGCGUAACUAUGAAGUAUGGAAGCGUGAGAGAAAUUGGCUUUUAAAAAAAAAAAAAAAAAAAAGCUUUUCUGAGCUUUUGAGUGAUAAAGUGAGAAGUCACACAGGGACGUCCACUCCGUCAUGUCGUGAAAAUCAUGACGUCGUUGGUCACUUUUACGCAGACUGAAGGGAGAUGGGGUAGUAAUUUAUGAGACAAUGUUGUUAAAUGAUUAUGUUCAACUGUGCCACAUUAACGCUUUUUAUUAUGGUGAUAUGUAUAUUUAUUACCAAUGCCAAAACAACUCAAGCACCAGACUCCACUUUGCGCUGUUUACUACUUUAAUGAAAUUAAGUGUUGAGGAGAGGAAAGGCUCAUGACCGGAGAAGGAGCAGACUGACUGACUUUACUGCCUGACUUAUUGAUCGACCAACUGAUUUCUUGCAGUUUUGAAGUAUUCAACAUUCACACACACACACACACAACACACACAGAGCUUGGACUGAUUUUAAGCUACAGUUGGUUAGCAGGCUGUCAGAGAGGAGGCAGCCACCCCAGCGCCCUCAAACUAUCCUAUCGCAAACCUUGCGCGUGGCUACAAGCCCCUCCCCCUGGCCUGCAGACUAUCCAGUCACAUUUUAGCUGUGUCUGUCCAAUCACAGCCCUGUCGCCUGUGAUUUAGCUUGUUGUAGUUCAAUAGCAGUGGAGAAUAAAUUUGGCUAAUUCCUACGUAAAAGGGCCGAGUGUUGAUGUUCAGUUUGUACCAAAGUAAGCCCUUCUCGUUUCUUAUUGGCACCUCUGAUUUGCAAUUCCUCAUCCCCGAGUUAUUUUGAGUACUUUUUGUAACAACUCCCUAGAACAUAAGCCUGUAAUUUACAUUUAUUGAGGCAUAGUGCAAUUAUGAAUGCUAUAAUCACUGUACAUACAUCUCUCUAUAUAUAUGGCAGCAUCUUUGUUGGCUUUGUAAUCAUUACUUUUUUGGCAGAUUGAAUGUGCGGUAUUGAAAAUAUGUAUCUAUGUAAUUGUAUUGUAUGUCUAAUGGCUAAUUCAUUUUUGGAAGAAAAAAUAUGUUAUUUACAUGUUUGUUUUUGUUUCCUUUUUUUUAAGAGGAGAAUGUAAAUUUUGUGUUUUCGCCAGUUUUUAUUUCUCAGCAAAAGAAACAUUGUUCAGCUUCAGAACUGCAUAAAGAGGAAUAUUAUUAUCCAGCAACAGAGCGGUUGGUAUGCCAGUACUUAUAGUAGCCGUUUUGUUAAAUUGACUUUUAUAUGAAAAACUGCAGACUGAAUCCAAUCUACAGGGCUAAUUGUAAUAGUUUAGUUCUUAACUGGCUUCAGGAACAGAGCAUUUGUCAUAUAGGUGUAAUCACGCCACAUUGAUUCUUAUUCUUUUGUAUUUAAGUACAUUACUCAGCUUCUCAUUAAGUAUUGAUUCACUUUGAGAUUCCUUAGCCUACCGCACACUCCUCAACCCCACCGCCAACCACCUGUGCAGGCAAGAUGUUUUAUAUAACAAGAUGUGCUAGAAGAAGGUGGGUAGCAGGCAGGUAAAGUGAUGCUUUGGCUCAGAUUAUGUGUAGAAAUCUUUAGUUAACAAGCAGAUGGAAUUAUCUGAGGGACGUGUGAUUAUUUGUACUAAUAGACGGGAACGCCAUCACCCUCUAAACCCCCUUGAAUGAACCUCCACCCUGACAGGAGCUCAGUAUUCUUGAGUCAAUGUACACAAACGUGCAAAAAAAAUGAUUCAACCAUUUGGCCUAAUUAGGAUGGUAUAUUUACAGGUGCUUUUUUUAAUUUAUUUUUUCAACUUGAUCCACCGUUUAAUUAGAAUGUACAGUAUUAUUUUAGACUUUAUUUAUGAAAUGACCAUAUAGGAAAAAAGACAACAGUUCACAUGUACAUAUUGCCUUAUUGAAUAAGCUGUGCCUCUGAAGUCCCAUGCAAGGCACCUGUGUUUUUAUGAGAAGUAAAGCUUAGCGCGGCCAAUAAUGCCCCAUUGUGCAUCUGGAGGAUUGUUUGGUUUUGGCUUGGUGGUAUCCCUUUGUUAUUCAGCGCUAUAAGAAGCCCUGGGAACACUUUGCUUUGAAGUGUAGCACAUGUAGCUAAUACAUCAACAGAGCAUUAUACAGUAAGCACACCAUGAGUGAAUUGUAAUCAAACACAACUUAUAAUUGUAACAAUGCUGUCACAUCAGAUUCAUGUCUUAAAAAUCCACGCCACGGUGCAUUAUAAAGCACUGAACGUCCUGAAGUGACAAUGAUUAACAACAGAGCUUGUACAUCUACACAUCAGGGUGUGAACAAUGUGCUUGCAAGGUGUCACAAUCUGGACUCAAAACCACCACCACCAGCCACCCGCUGAGUGUGUUUGCCUCAUUUGGCUGUGGUUCGGCAUCUAUCAGCCACUUUUGGCAGGUAACCAGCCCUCACUUGGAGGGCCUGUUUUUUUUUUUUCCAGAUAUUUCAGCUGGCUGCUGAAAUCGCUUCCAAGGAUGGUUGAUUCUGGCAGGCAACAGCCACUGCAGACAUGAUUUGUAAAAGUUCAUUUCCAGUCCCUCUUAAGAGUGUACUUGAAGUAAAUGAAGAUCGUACAGUAACCACUUAUCAACAGCAGGGCCUAAUAGAAAUACUGAGCGGCUAACUCAUCUGACAUUUUACUGAAUUUUGCUUAAAAUGGUGUUAAAAGUGAUUCUGCUUGUUGCCAGAGGAGAUGUUUUGAAGCUGGACUAUAGUUUCAACUUAUCAGUGUUGAUGAUCACUUGUUGUAGACUUACAGUAAUCAGUAACUUGUGUCCCUGCUGUUGUAAAGUGGAUAUUUACACUGUCCCUGUUACUUAAAGGGAAAAUCCUUGUUUAAACAGUUCACAUACUGCAUUUAACCCUCUGAGUGCAGGCAGUUCAUCAAUAUUUGUGAGCCUCAAUAGGUAUUGUGCAAAGUGACAAAAAUGGACAAAAUCUGGAGUGUGUCAACUUGCAGGUUACUAUUAAAACUAUUGUGGUGACCAAAAUGCAAAUAAUAACUGGGUUUUGUAAAAACAAAUAUGAGGCACAACUGUCAGUUUUCAUGUUCACAGCAUUUCUCUGAGGGAGCACACGUGAGUUAUAUUCAAGCUGGAUUUUCCCUUUAAGAGAGCACAGACUCCAGCUGGUGUUGACUUGCUGACACACAUUGUUGGAAAACUCUGCUGCUGUUCAGAUUUCAUGCGGAGCGUUCAAGAGCAGUGCAGCAUUGCAUUCAGUAUAUCGAGGACUGCAUUAUGUAGAACUGCAGGGCCAGUAAUAACUGUCCAUAAGCUGCUUUUUUACUCAGACACAUCAUCUGAUUGCUUUCAUCUAGCCUACUUUUUUUUUAAAUUUCUUUGCCUCUAAAUCUGAAUUAUAUGAAGUAAAAUGACUCAUUUGAAUAGUGUUAUGAUCUGCAGUCAUAAUUGUGUAAACAUGUCUCCUGUAUCCAUAAACUCACACUCUUUUCAACAUGUUUCUGAAUGAAGCAACAUGUUUCUUUUCAAAAGUAUGUCGACUCUGAUUUUUAUUUUCUGUAACAGCUUUCAUUUCUAUUCAGUACCUUUGAAUCUAUAUCAUUAUUCUCCAUCGUAUAAUUCAAUACAUCACAAUGCAUCACAACAUGAGCUUAAUGCUUUAGUCAAGUUGUAAUUGAACUCCAGUUUGUACUAUAAAGCUCUGUCAAACUCUGAAAAUUUUAAGUGAACACAGAUGUGAUUUAAUUUUGGACAGUUACUUGUAAAGUACAAUAAUAAACUACAUAGUUCAAUUGAAUGUGCCCCAAGCAUAUUGCCAAGCAAUGUGGGGUGACGCUGCCCUUCAGAGGUUAAUUUGAGGUCUUUUUUUUUCUCAUAUUUUUUUUUUACUUGAAAAAAAUAAGAAAGAAAGAUCUGAGAAUGGAUAUUAUACAAAGAAAUUAACAUUUGGUUGGCAAAAGGCCGACUUUGUUUACUUCCUCUUACCUUCACCGUACAAUAAAAUUUAUUUAGUUGGGAGACAACCUUUUGAUUGCUAAUCAAGGCAGCAACUCCAAGAAAAAAAUCAUCAUAUUUCAAGAAUUCACUGGUUUUAUAUCCUCAAAGGGUUGAUGUUCACGCCCUAAAAUAUCUCUCCAACAGGGCAGAAAACAAAUAGUUUUAAGGCAUUGGGAAUCCAGCAGCCAAUGGAUCCUGUCGUUCAUCAACCAAACAGAAAAGUGAAAUAUUUCUACUUACUGUUUCCCACUGAUGACGACACAUUCAGUCUUUUCUGUUUUUGUAAAUGUUCUUGUUGCAAAGCAAUCAUGAUGAUACAGAGUAGAGUGGACUUCUCACAAAUGUAUGUACUGGGAAAGUUGUUCACAAAGGGGACAACAGUGUGGAUAAAAAGAGAGUAAAUUGCACAAAAAGUC